AGACAUGGAUCCACACAAACACCAGUUUAGAACAGAACAACAACAGGAAUUCGAGAAUCCACAUCACUACAAACCUCCACAGAUCAAAACAGAAGCGGAAUUAAAGAUCAUAAACAAGAUGUUUGAUGAGUGCAUGAACAAAGAGUGGGAAAAAGUUUUAAACACUUACUCCACUCAUGGCUUUGUUCGUCGGGCCAAGCUCACUAAGUCAGAAGACACGGCUCUGCAUUUAGCAAUCAACUGUUACCACCCGAAGCAUCGAUCCAAAGAUCAUCUGCAGUGCAUUAAGAAGAUGGUGACUAAGAUACCUGAUGAUGAAGUGUUGGACAUCUUAAAAUUGAAGAAUGACACAGGAGACACCCCUCUUCAUCUCGCGGCUCAGCUGGGAAACGUUGAAAUCUGCCGAUGUAUUCUCACCCAAGUCGAGAAACUGGGCAAAGUUUAUGAACUCAUCGGGGAGCGAAACAACUUGAACAUGACUCCACUUUUCCUGGCAGCUCAUCGUGGCAAGGUGGAUGCAUUUAAAUUACUUCAUGAGAAGAUUAAGGAAACAGAAGAUCGAAUCCAUCUGUGUAGGAAGGAAAAGGGUGAAACUAUUCUGCACUCUACUUUGUCUGGGGAAUACUUUGAAUUGGCCUAUGAGAUAAUUGAAAAAUUUCCAGAGCUUGUGAAUUAUGUGAGUGAGGAUGGCACAUCUCCCCUGCAUAUUCUAGCCAGGAAGCCACAUGUAUUCAAGAGCAGCAGCUAUCUUGGAUCCUAUGAAAGCAUUAUCUACUACUGUACCGAGGUUACAACCUCUCACAAAAAAGCACUUACUGAAGACGAUGCAAAUGAUCAUUUUUCAUUCCCGGAAAACUGGAGGACAUUUGCUGACUUCUACCAGCUUAUUUGGAAUUUCAUGAAAUGGGUGUUCGCUUUAAAAAAAAUUGUAAAAGGACCAACUGCAAAACAAAAUAAUGAUCCAGAGAAUCAAGACAGCCAACCUCAAGUUUCAGGUAACACAAAAAAUAAUACAGGGACAGAGGAAGACGACCAAAGGCCUGUUGGAGCAUUUCCCAGAAUUUACUACACAGAUAUUGGUUUCCUCAAGUUUGUAAUGAAACUCAUGCUCAUCAUACUGGGAAUUGGAUUUCAUAGGAUAUCGAAAAUCAAAGAAAAGAAAGGCAAGCACACAUGCGCAGUGGAGAUUUUAGAAAAAUUGAUCCCGAAUGAAGCUAGUUACAAGUAUCAGCAUGCUGGGGGGAAACCUCUGCAACCUGUAGAAGCUCCAAACAAACCAAUUGACCUUCCUAUGACACCACCUCAAACAGAUAAUAAUGCAAUCCAGUCUGAUACAGAGGAAACAAUGCCAGACCACCCUUCAGAUGCAAACAAACAUAAGGAGACACCUAUAUUAGCAGCAGCAAAAAUGGGAAUCCAAGAGAUAGUAGAGAAAAUCAUCAAAAGAUUCCCAAUAUCUAUUCAUGAUGUGGAUCCAAAUCAGAAGAAUGUGUUACUUUUGGCUGUUGAGAACAGGCAAGUUGCUGUUUACAAUUUCUUACGAAAGCAGAAGCUCCCAGAAUUUGUGUACUAUCAAGUGGACAACAAGGGAAACAGCGCAGCGCAUCUUGCUGCAAUGUACACUGGUCUAAAAUAUUGGCGCAUUCCUGGUGAUGCAUUGCAGUUGCAAGGAGAAGUCAAAUGGUACAAGUAUGUGAAGAGUCACCUGCCACGAGAAUCCUAUGUUCGUUACAACAAUGAAGGGCAGGCUCCAGGCGAUGUGUUUUUAGAAACACAUGCUAAUCUAACUAAACUUGGCACCACAUGGCUCAUCAAGACCUCGGAAUCAUGCUCUGUCAUCGCAGCACUGAUUGCAACUGUGGCAUUUGCCGCAUCAACAACCGUCCCUGGUGGGCUGGAUCAAAACAGUGGCUAUCCAAUUCUUGAAGGGCAACCCGCGUUUAGUGUAUUUGCAGUGUCAUCACUCAUAGCUCUCUGCUUCUCGGUAACCGCCCUCGUCUUCUUCCUCGCAAUCCUCACUUCGCGCUGCCAACAAAAGGAUUUCAAAAACAAUCUCCCAAUAAAGCUGCUCCUUGGACUCACUUCCCUCUUCACAUCCAUAGCUGCUAUCUUGAUCUCCUUCUGUGCCGCUCAUUCUUUUGUUAUCAAGAGUAAACUCAAACUUGCGGCAUUCCCUAUAUAUGGAGUAGUGUGCUUACCAGUCACAUUUUUUGCCUUCAAUCAGCUCCCAUUGUACCUCGAUCUUUUCAGGUCCAUCGUCCAACCAGUGCAUUUUCGCAGCUACAGAGUUUCCUAUACCGGCAAGCCCGCUAAGGGCAACAAACUCUCCUCAACUUCAAAAGAUCAGUAGCACACUACAUACAAUUAACAAAAAGCUAAGUGGAUUCUUUAAUUUAAUUUUUCCAUGCAAUGUCAAAAUCAAUUCCGUUCUUUGAUUUUCAAGACACAAGUGUGUUUCUAUGAGUGAUUUUCUGAACUAGAAUAAUGUUUGUUUCAUCCUGGCCGGGCCUGUUAAUGUAAUAUGCAUGUUUUUGGUAUGUAUGUCAACUGUUGUAAACUUGUAAUUUCUAUAUUGGUGUUUAGGGAUGGCAACGGGGCGG